UUGUUCUUCCAUAGCUGAUGGGGUUUAUCAAAAGGUUUCUCUGCUAACUACUCAGAUCCCUUUUUUGUCACCCUACUCUCUCUCUCUCUCUCUCUCUAAAACCAGUACACCGUACACAUUACCACAUUUACCCUAAAUCAUGAUCCAUUCCUCCACCAUUAACCACCACACCUUCCAUGAAUAAUGCCGCACCCACAAACCCGUACCGUCACCAGAAACCGUACCCGCACUCGCCGCUUCUCCGCCUGUCACCGUCACCCUAGCGAGCCUGUCACAGGCUUCUGUGCAUUAUGUCUACGAGAUCGUCUCGCAGGUCUAGACUCUUCUUCCUCUGGUCAACUUGAUGAUGAUGAUUCGAAAAAAGAUAAAACAAAUGCUGUCAUAUGCAGCCGCCGUACCAGACGCAACGUCAUUAACGUUGCGUCUGCGUCCGCAGCGCCAGUCUUGCGUAGGAGCAAGUCUGUCGCUGCGGACAAAUGCGAGGCGUUGAACAUGUUGGAUAUUGAUCCCCGGAGGAGUUCUUAUUCCACCAUCGUAGAGGCGGUGGUGGAGAGUGAGGAAGAUGACGUUGACGACGAUGACGUUUUCGGUGAAAUUAGGGUUUUGGAUGAUGAAGUUAUGGAAAAUGAUAUUGUUCAUGAUGAUGAGAGUGAAGAGGAAGAAGGGGAUCUGAAGACUAUGAAAGAGAUUAUCGAAACGGAAUUGGAUAAUAAAAAGAGGAAUUUCUGGGAUGCAGCUUCUGUUUUCAGUCACAAGUUGAGAAAAUGGAGGCAAAAGCACAAGGAAAAGAAGCAAAGUAGAUGCAUCAGUGGUGGAAUUGACAAUGACAGGUCAAAUUUAGGGCAGUUUUCGCGGUUUAGGGAGGUGGAAGAUAAUAGAUACGGUCGAAGAUCUUGCGAUACAGAACCUAGGUUUUCGAUAGAUGCUCAUCGGUUGUCUGUUGAGGAUCCACGAAUUUCGUUCGAUGAGCAUAGAGCAUCAUGGGACGGGUACAUGAUCGCGAGAACAAUUCCUCGCCUUACACCGAUGCUAUCAGUCGUUGAUAACGUGAUGUUAGGUCCUGGAAAUAGAGCGGUGACGAAAACGGAAAAAAACGUGCAAAUGCAUUCGAUAAGUGAGGAUGGUACGGGUUCUGGUGGUUCUGCGCAAUCGGUUUCAGACUCUUCUGCCUCAAAUAGAGGAAGCAGUUCUAGUUCGAGUACAAAAACAGUAGGGUCAGGUGGUGACGAUGUGAAAUCAGCUUCGAAUGCUCGCGUUUCACCUGCCAAUGAUGUUAUUUUCCAAGGUACAAAGUUGGUUAUUACAGAAAAGGAAUUGAAAGUUUGGCAUAUGAAUUCUGUUAAGAACAACAACGUCGAAUCUGUUUCGAAUGCGCACAAUUCGACUGGUAAAACGCCCACGGCAAACCCAUCGAACGCGCGUAAAACGAUAAUGUCUAGUAGGUGGAAAAAGGUGUGUACUCUAUGGGGUCAGAAGCACAAACUUGAUGACAAAAAGAAUGUUGAAGAUGUCUCAGAAAAGAGAGUUGAAACAGGGAUUUCAAGUGUAAAUCUUGUUAGAAACCAAAGUUUGGUGAAAUUAAGGGAUAGGAGUACGAGGUAUUCAACUAGUGAUCUUGAUAGUGGUUUGUUGAGGUUGUAUUUGACACCAUUUAGGAAUUCUAGAAGGAGCAAAUCUGGAAAAAGCAGGGCUCCAUCAAUGGUAUGCAACUGAAGUAAGAUUUUGUUGUUAGGUACUCUUAUAACUGUCUCCCAGAAGUAGCAUAAAUCUGUAGAUCCUGUUAAUUUGUUUUUGUUUAAGGUUACUGGUAAUGUGGUUGGUCAGUAAGUGAUGGGAAUAAUAGAAUUUAAGGUUUUAUGUUGUU